ACAAACACACAAAAACACACACACAUAUAUAUAAAUAUAUAUAUAUAUAUAGGGAGAGAGAGAGAGAGAUAGAUACAAGCUACUGCCACCUAUACAUAUAGGUAUCUGUCAUCCAUUUGUAUUGAAGCUGAAAAGAUUCUGUCAAUUUGGUUGAAUAAACCCUAAUAAGUGGAGAGUGUGUGAGAUUGGAUUUGUGUAAUGUGGUUUGGUGAUUUGUUGAGAGGUUGUUGUUGAGUGGAGGGAUAGAGAGAGGGGAGAGGGGGAUUGGAUUGGUGUCAAUGGCGGAGAGAAUGGGGAGGUAUGGAGUGGGGUACGCCUUGGCGCCGAAGAAGCAGGCGAGUUUCAUACAGACGUCGCUGGUGAAUCUGGCGAGGGAGAAGGGAAUCGAUCUCGUGAAGAUCGACACGGAGAAGGCGCUGGUGGAUCAGGGGCCGUUCGAUUGCGUCCUGCACAAGCUGUACGGCGAGGAUUGGAAGAGGCAGUUGCAGGAGUUCGCGGCGAGGAACCCUAGCGCGCUCAUCAUCGACUUCCCGGAGGCGAUUGAGCGGCUGCACAAUCGAAUCUCUAUGCUGCAGUUCGUGGCGCAGGUGGAGGUGAAGGACUGCCAGGUGGCGUCGCUAGGGAUUCCGAAGCAGAUUGUGAUCUACGACGCGGAAAUGGUGUCGGCUUUGGACAUGGACUCCGAGGGGCUCAAGUUCCCCGUGAUUGCCAAGCCGUUAGUCGCGGACGGCAGCGCCAAAUCGCACAAGAUGCUGCUGGUGUUCAACAAGGACGGGCUGUGUAAGCUGAAGCCCCCCAUUGUGCUGCAGGAGUUCGUUAAUCACGGGGCCGUGAUUUUCAAGGUGUAUGUGGUGGGAGAUUAUGUGAAAUGUGUGAAGAGGAAGUCUUUGCCUGAUGUGACUGAGGAUAAUUUAGGGUGUUUAGAGGGUUACUUUUCGUUUUCGCAGGUUUCAAACUGUCGUACUAAUGAGAAAAAUGUUGAUAAGUACUGUAAGAUGAUGAAUUUGGAGGAUGCAGAGUUGCCCCCUUUGAGUUUCCUCACAGAAAUAGCCAGAGGGCUUAGGCGAGCAACAAGGUUGCAUCUUUUUAACUUUGAUGUGAUUAGGGACAAUAAGGUUGGGAAUAGGUACCUUGUUAUUGACAUUAACUACUUCCCCGGGUAUGCGAAGAUGCCGAAUUAUGAGUCUGUCAUGACUGAGUUUUUCUGGGAUGUCUUAAGUAACAAAAAAGAUAAGACCUCAGAGAGUUUCAGGAAGCUUGGGUGUGAAAAAGAAGUGAGGAUGUUGGUUGGGAACACCGGAUAUGAUGAAGAUGAAGUGGCAUUGCCUGUUUCACCUCUUAAGAGGGAGGAGAAUGAGAGUGCUAUCCAGGUCUGAGGAUGUGGCACCGGCCGUGCAAAUUCCAAGGUUUGGUCAGAAAAAAAAAAUUGCUAAAAGAUAGUGAUCUUUGAUCUUUCUCUUGGUUUGCAGGUUUUUCUUUUAGGUAGAGAGUUAGUACAGCAGUAAUAACUAGGUUCUUGGCUUUGUUCUGGCCCCAUGAAAGUUCUUUGUUGAAAUGUACAAUUCCAUCUUUGCAGUGGAGAUAGGUACUUUGCAAAUACUCUUUUCUAGGAAAGCUAAGUUUUCCUUCAAGGCAAAUGUAUUUCCUGGCUCAGAAAAUAUCUUAAACCUCUGCCUUUGAUAACUUUGAUCAAUGGAUUUUUCUGGUUUGUCAUCU